AUGGAAGAGAAGUACUUGCCUGAGCUGAUGGCAGAGAGAGACAGCCUGGACCCGUCCUUCGUGCACGCCUCGCGCCUGCUGGCCGAAGAAAUUGAAAAAUUUCAAGGUUCUGAUGGAAAAAAUGAAGAUGAAGAAGAGAAGUAUCUUGAUGUCAUCAGCAACAAAAAUAUAAAGCUCUCAGAAAGGGUAUUGAUUCCUGUCAAACAGUAUCCAAAGUUCAAUUUUGUGGGCAAAUUGCUCGGACCGAGAGGAAACUCUUUGAAGAGGCUACAGGAAGAAACAGGUGCUAAAAUGUCUAUCCUGGGCAAAGGAUCAAUGAGAGAUAAAGCAAAGGAAGAAGAAUUAAGAAAAAGUGGGGAAGCCAAGUAUGCCCACUUGAGUGACGAACUUCAUGUAUUAAUUGAAGUGUUUGCUCCACCGGGGGAGGCUUAUUCACGUAUGAGUCACGCAUUGGAAGAGAUUAAAAAAUUUCUGGUUCCAGACUAUAAUGAUGAAAUCCGUCAGGAACAACUACGUGAAUUAUCUUACUUAAAUGGCUCAGAGGACUCUGGUCGUGGCAGAGGUGUUAGAGGCAGAGGGAUAAGAAUAGCUCCCACAGCUCCAUCAAGGGGACGUGGGGGAGCCAUUCCUCCUCCCCCACCACCUGGACGAGGCAUUCUCACCCCUCGAGGGACCACUGUGACCCGUGGUGCUCUUCCAGCACCCCCUGUAGCGAGAGGCGUUCCUACCCCGCGAGCCCGGGGGUCACCCACCAUGCCAGGAUACAGGGCACCCCCUCUGCCAGCCCACAAGGGGUACGAAGAGUAUGGUUAUGAUGAUGGCUAUGGGGGUGAAUAUGAUGAUGAGACCUAUGAGGCUUAUGACAAUAGCUAUGCCAUCCAAGCUCAAAGUGUUCCUGAAUACUAUGACUAUGGUCAUGGAGUAAGUGAGGAUGCCUAUGACAGCUAUGCGCCAGAAGAAUGGGCCACAACUCACUCCAGCCUGAAAGCACCUCCAUCAAGGUCAGCCCGAGGGGGAUACAGGGAGCACCCCUAUGGUAGAUACUGA